AUCCCAUUGGUGGCUGGACGAAACAGUAUCGUCACCAAACCACAGACGAUCAUACAAGCGGGCUAAUAGCCAGGUAGCCACACCUCUCUUCUUUCCCGCAGCUUCCUUCUGGAAAAUUUCACCGCCUCUGUGCUUUUGAUUUCUCUGUUCAUCUCCCACCUCCCCAAAACCCUAAUUUUCAGAGAAACUCUCUCGACCUUUCGAUUUGGAUCGUCAGAGUGAUGUCAGAGAAGUUCUCCGCCACGCUUCGAAUCGGAGACCUUAACGACUACAUAGCUCCCUCUCAGGCUUGCAUAGUCUCUCUCAAAUCCACCCCUACAAAGCCCUCUGAUAAGUCUCAGGUUGCAACUUCCAGCAAGCAAUUGAAAACAGAACCGGUUAAAAUUUCACUCAAAGAUUGCUUAGCAUGCAGUGGGUGCAUAACAUCGGCCGAGACGGUUAUGCUGGAGAAGCAAAGUUUGGAUGAGUUUCUUUUGAACAUUGAUAAAGGAAAAGCUGUCAUUGUCUCCCUAUCUCCCCAAUCAAGAGCUUCACUUGCAGUUCAUUUUGGGAUUUCGCAACUUCAGGUCUUUAGGAAAUUGACAACUCUUUUUAAGUCCCUUGGCGUAAAGGCUAUAUUUGACACAAGUUGCAGUAGAGAUCUAAGUCUUAUUGAAUCUUGUAAUGAAUUCAUCACAAGGUACAACCAGUCAACUGAUGAUGAAAGCCGUAAAUCUUUGUUGCCCAUGAUUUCAUCAGCAUGUCCAGGCUGGAUAUGUUAUGCUGAAAAAACACUUGGAUCCUAUGUACUGCCUUAUAUUUCUUCAGUGAAGAGUCCCCAGCAAACCAUUGGAGUUAUUGUUAAAAAGCAUAUAUGCCAAAAAAUGGGUCUUAGGCCAGAUGAUGUUUACCAUGUAACAGUGAUGCCUUGUUACGAUAAGAAGCUUGAGGCGUCACGCGAUGACUUCGUAUUUGAAGUUGAUGGAGCCAAGAGUAAUGAGGAUGGAAGUCUUAGCGUUUCAGAGGUAGAUUCAGUGUUGACAACUGGGGAAGUCUUAGAUCUGAUACAGUUAAAAGGAGUUGAUUUUGAGGGCUUAGAAGAGUCUCCACUAGAUAGCAUGUUGACAAACUUUAGUGAUGGACAUCUUUAUGGAGUCCGCGGAAGCUCAGGGGGUUAUGCAGAAACAAUUUUCCAAUAUGCUGCUAAAGUAAUCUUUGGAAGAGAAAUUGAAGGCCCUGUGGACUUCAGAACUAUUAAAAAUUCAGACUUCCAGGAAGUGACUUUAGAGGUGGAAGGAAAGACUGUAUUGAAAUUUGCACUAUGUUAUGGAUUUCGGAACCUGCAAAACGUUGUCAGGAAAAUCAAGAUUGGGAAAUGUGAUUAUCAUUUUCUAGAGAUCAUGGCAUGCCCUUCUGGCUGCUUGAAUGGUGGAGGACAGAUAAAGCCAAAAGCUGGGCAAUCUGCAAAGCAGUUGAUUCCAUUAUUACAAGCAGCUUAUGCGGAAAAUGUUUUGGUAUCUGAUCCUUUUGCAAAUCCAAUAGUGCAAAGCUUAUACAAUGAGUGGCUCGAGAAACCUGGUUCAGAGAAGGCCAGGCAACUCAUGCACACAGAGUACCACCCUAUCGUGAAAAGCAUAACUUCUCAGUUACACAAUUGGUGAUUGACUUCCGUGCUUGGACCUCCAGUUUUCUCAACAAGAUGCGAACAUCCCUAGACAGACCCGUUUGUGUAGCAAGGCUGUGAUCUGGGAUUCGUCAAAUUUUGAUAUAGAGAACCAAUAUUUCUUUUGACAUUUUUUUUUUCUCGAACUAAUGUCAUGUAUAUAGAGAACUUAAUGAAUAGAAGAAAAGAAUCAAUUGCAUUAUUUCAUUAUAGCAAAUAUAUCUUCGGAGUGUCCGAUA